AUGUCAGAGUCAACGACAGGUACCGGGGUCGUCUACCGGGACCUGCACCCCAUCAAUCACCCUGUAGUGCAAGAAGAGAUCCGCGAAACGUCCGCGACAACAGCGCCGACCACAAAACCGUCUACGACUACGUCCGCACCCGCAGCGUCCGAGGCCACCGUCACCGAUGCCGCCCAGAACUUGACCGAAGAGCCCACGGCCAGUCACGCCCUUGCCCAAGCUGAAGUCGACGAGAAGGGUGUUGCACAACUCGACCAUGGUGGAGACGUCAAGGACCUGGGUUGGAACGAACCUCCCUCCAAGAUCCCUGCGCCUUUGGUCGGUGGUAUGGACAAUGAGGAGCUCUGGGUCUUAGUCCGUCGCUUCAACAAGCAAAUGUACCACGUCAAGGAAUAUCCCUAUCCCGUGCCUGGUAACCUCGACCUCAACAUCGCCGACGAAGAUGAGUUCUCGCCUGAUAAGCUACGUGCCACCAUUGAGCGCCUGUACAUGACGGUCGGUCUGGGCAUGAUGGGCUUCGUCAAGCAGAUCGGCCGUCUGAGAUCAUGGCGUGAACGCAACCGCACCGCCUACUUCUGCGCCGCAUACUUUGUCGCCUGGCUACUCGACAUGCUUGUCCCACUGUUCUCCAUUACCCUCGUCGUUUUGAUCGUCUACCCGCCCUCACGCGACGUCAUGUUUCCUCCCGCCCCACUCGCUCUGGUUGAUGCAAGUACCGGUGGAGUUCAAAAGCCAAAGGCCGGCGUGCUAGGCAGCACAGAUACAGCAACAGGAGCCCCAGAACACUACAAGGGUGAGGCUGCCGAAGCAGAGGCCAGCAACUUUGUCAACAGCAUCGCUUCGGUCGCUCUUGCGAGUGCCAGCGGUAAACACCCACAGACAGAACCUCCACCAGGACAAGCAGGCGUCGCGGACAGCAUCCCUGAUCCUACUUCGGUUGCCAUUGGUGCCAGUUCUGCAAAGACCUCGGCCGAAGGAAAAGGAGUUGCGCCAUCACACGACAAGACCAAGGUGCCCAUGGAGACUGCCAUGUGGAGCAAGAUGAGGCCCGUCAUGCAUGGUCUUGCCGAUGUGGCCGACACGUGGGAGCGUUUUGCCAAUGCCCUUUCUCCUACACCACCUUUUCCCCGAGAUCUCUACCGUCUGCGCCUGGCUGCUGUUGUCGUGCCCCUUGUCGCUGUCUCUCUUUUCACAUCGGCCUACAUGUUCACCAAGGGCGUGACUUUCGGCAUUGGCUUUGGUUUCUUUGGCGAUCCGGUUAUUCAGCCUGGUUUGCGCUGGCUUAACCGCACCUUCCCUCACUGGCAGAAGUUGCUCGAGAUCCGUAACACCUUGCUCAAGGGUGUUCCCACCAAUGCUCAGCUUACUAUCACUCUUCUCCGCAUCGGCGAAGCCAACAAAGCUCCUCUCCCACCUCCACCUCACAACAAGGAACCCACACCAGAGGAGCCAGCUGAGAUCACAGACGAGCACCUGCGCGCGGCUGGUUCCGACUGGCCUCUUAAUGCGACCCAGGAAGAACUCGACGAAGCCAUGGCUCACGACCCUACCACUGCUCACGAGACCUCCGGUGCCGAUAUCGAUCACAGCAAGGAUAGCAAGCAUGGCAAAAAGGGCCACAAACUACUGGCGUUCUUCAAGGGCACUGUCAAAGGUACUGUUGAGACCGCACUUGGUGCUGACAAGCUCAAGGCAAAGGCAGGAAGCGAGCCUUCCAAGCAACGUCUCGGUGCUGUGCCGAAGACGAAGGACUACAGCGUUGAUGGUCCAGUCGAUUUUGCUUGCCGAUACCACGGAAAGAAGGGUCACACCGUCAUCUCAACCAGAACUACCAUUCCUUCUGUGUCUUUUACACUGGACAAGAAGGUUGCUGAGAUGGGAUCGCUUGGGCGCGAGGAAGAAUUGCAUCCCAUCUGGACCAUUCCUAUCGCUGACAUCAAAGAAUUGAAGAAGGUCGGCGGCCUCGGAUGGAAGGCCAAGUUGGUUGUAGGCUGGGCGCUCGACCGUGAAGUUGCUGAUGGUAUGGAGAUUGUGAGCAAGACUGGCGAAGCUUUCACCGUCACUGCGAUGCCUUUGAGAGACGAGCUGUUUAACAGACUGGUCGCAAUGGGCGGCCAAAAGUGGGAAGCUUGGUGA